AUGAGUCUCCCGACGCCCCCAGACCCAGACUCCAGCGAAAUCGCAUAUUCAGGUACCGAAAUAGAACCUGAAGCGGCUCCUACGAAUCCGCAAGAACUCAAACACAGCCAAUACGAAAAGAAUCGACGAGGAUGGCGCAGAAUUGUUGUCAAUUUUGGCCCUUCGUGGUUCACUGUUACUAUGGGAACUGGCAUCACGUCUAUUCUGCUGCAUAAUUUGCCUUACCAUGGACGAUGGCUAUUUUACAUAUCUGUUAUAAUAUUCUGUCUGAAUAUUGCCAUUUUCACACUAUUUAGUUGUAUAUCUAUCGUGAGAUAUACAUAUUUCAGAGGAACAUGGUCUUCCACUUUACGACAUCCUGCGCAGGCCGUCUUCUUGGGAACAAUCCCUGUUGGACUCGCUACUAUAAUCAACAUGAUAGUCUUUGUAUGCGUCCCGGCCUGGGGCGACAAAGCAGCGCAUCUUGCCUGGGCUCUUUGGUGGAUAGAUAUCGUCAUGGCAGUAUCAUGCAACCUCUACAUUCCCCAUUGUAUCAUGCGCACAGAGGGUAUCACACUCAACCAAGUGACUCCAUCAUGGCUCUUUCCCGUCAUCGCCGACAUCGUCGCUUCUGGCUCAGGAGCCAUAGUCGCUAAUGUUCUUCCCAACGACCAACACGCUAUAUGGACUGUUAUAGUCAGCUAUGUCCUUUGGGGAACCAGUGUGCCUACGGCAAUUCUCAUCAUGGCAAUGUACUACAACCGUCUCAUGAUUCACGAUAUUAUCCCGAGUCAAGCCGCCGUUACAUCUUUUAUCACCAUCGGACCUCUCGGCCAAGGCGCAGCAGCCAUUCAGCUCCUCGGCAAAGUUGCUCUAAAAGUCUUUGAAAGGAACGAUUUUAUACCAAUGGCUCCCAUUGCUGGUCAAUUCUUCUAUUUAACCGGCAUCCUCACAGCCCUCAUCAUGUGGGGAUUCGCAAUAGUAUGGCUAUUCUUUGCUUUCGCCACUAUUGUCAGGCGCGACUUCAAAUUUAACAUCUCUUGGUGGGCGUUUACUUUCCCUCUUGGAGUUUUUACAGUUGCUACCACGACUUUGGCACAGGAGCUUCCUUCACGGUUCUUCAAGGUCUUAGGAACUAUAUUUUCGGUUGUUGAGACUCUACUAUGGAUUAUGGUAGCUUGUGGAACUAUAAAGGCAAGCCUUAACGGUGAGCUUUUCCAGCCACCACCUCUAGAGCCUUGGGAGAAGAAGGAAAAGAAAGAUGCUGAAGAAAAGAAUAUUGAAGAUUCUCCAGCUUAG